AAAUAAAAAGAACUUCCUCAAACUUCCUGCAUCAUACAAGAUCAAGGAUAUUGAUUUGUUAAGUUAUCAUGCUAUUAGGAUCAAUUCAAAGCCUAAUAUAAACCACUCCAGGCUCUAUGCAACCCAUACAUUCACCCAAGGCACCACAACAAUGGGUGACGCUGUUUGUCCCCAGCCACAACAAUGGGACCUCAUUAUUCUCUAUAACAAUGCACUGGUUAUUGAUGUUUUGAAAGGUAAGCACUAGAAUCAACUUGAUCUCGCAGAAGUCGCAGGUUCAGAGGGAGGUAUUAGCAACAGCUAACAAAAGAGCGCGGGAGUCCAAUGAAGCUUUAAUCUACUAACAGUGUUGAAAGUUGAUGCCCGUGUGCUCUCAUCUCUAAGAUGUGACGAUUUCAGAAAAGGAGCUCUAUUGCACAUGCUAACAGAUAAAGGUAUUUGGCCACAACACUGUAAACUGAGCUAUUACUAGUAAAAGAGUUGAGAGCAUGUUCACAAGACUUUACUCAACUUGUUUCUGAUACAAAAGCUUGAAAAUCAGUCACCUCUGGUCAAAGACAUGCCAGGAUUUCAACUGACACGAUGGUAGAAUCGGGCUAUGGCAUUAGAUCCUGUCUGGUCAACAUUAAAACAUCACAGGAAAAAAACUGUCAACUUUUAACUGUGGAAAAGAUAGACUCCACCCAGAAUCCUUGAGGCAGUGAUAACAACUUGGUCAGUUGUGGAAAAAAAAAUAGCUGUAACCCCUCAAAUUUACAGUACAGAGGUAGCCACAUGGCAGCCAGCACCCUGGAGAUGCCGGGUGAUCCCGGAGACCUCCUGGAGUUUGACCGCGGCUACUACACACACUGGGCAGUCAACAUAGGCCAUGGAGAGCUGGUCCACAUCAUGGGGACUUCCACCAGAUCCUCAGGGUGCGCCAGGGCUGAGGAAGGGAAAACAUCAGAAAGAGACCGAUUUCAGGUCUUCACUGCAUGCACCAGAGACACCUAUAGGUCGGUUUCCAAAAAGGGUGAAGCGCGGGUCAAUAAUAAAGCUCAUUCACAUCUUGGUGCUCCCCUCCCCCCGCAAGCCGUGGUAGAGAGGGCGCUGGCCAUGGAUGGCCAGAAGGGGCAUGAAAUGGACAAUGACGACUGCGAGUAUUUUGCUACAUGGGCCAAAUUUGGCGUUGGUCAUUCUGCAAAGAGAGGGUCCACCAGGGCCCCUAUCACGGGGGUUUCUGGCAUUUACCAGGCAGAAAUCGACAGGAUAACGGUGCACGACGUAGACUGUCGUGAGGCAGAGCGCAUAAAGUGGGUGGUGUUCAUGACAGAACCAAGAUGGCAAGGAGAGAACUCGUACACUACCACAGACACACACCUUCAGACCACAGAAGAUUGCAGGCUCUUUCUCAACCAGGAGCUCAGCUUAGGAAUGCUGUGCAGCAAUUCUAAGACAUGGCUAUUUUGUAACAAGACCUACGGCCACCCAAAGUGGAAGUUCAGGGAGACUGUUCAGGUGCACUCUAAAAUACACACACCCAAACAACUGAGAAAAAUGGUGGAAAAGGAGUGGAAAUACGGUGGCAGGGAGCUCUCCUCAAUGUCAGCUAUGGGAGGUAAGAAAGUGAUGAUAUUCAGAAAGUACACUUCAGACAUCGCCUGCAGUCCUUUCUUAGUGAGCAGCAGGGACCAAAGAGGCACGUGGCCCGAACAGCUGCUUCAGAGGGCUUAUGCCGAGGGCUUACGCAUAUCUCACGUGUCGUACAUUCAUGGUUUCUGGUACGUCAUAAUGUACCCCGGGGACCUCCUGAACUCGCCAGAACAAACCUGGAUAGUGGACACUAAGUUCCCACGAGACGCCAUUGACGCACACUGGGCUCUGGGAUACAGGGUACGGACCAUUGCCUCCGGGCCUCUCUGGGUGGUGGUGUUUGACAAAACCAGGGACACGGAAAAGGCCAGGCAGUGCUAUAAGAUAGUGGACUCUUUGUGGGAACACUGGUUCAGGGAAAAAUGGGAUGACGGCUAUACUAUUACAUGUGCCACAGGGAAUGCAUGAUUAUUUUUAACUAUUUAUUUAUAUUACAUUGCUCAAAAGAGGUACAAUACAGAAUUGAAGGUUUUUUCUUUUUUAUUUCAGACUCAAAUUCUACAGGGUUUAUCUUUUUUAUAUACAUAUAUGAUUUGUUGCUUCAAGAUUGCUCAACACAAAAAUUAUAUUAUUAUUUUACUCCAAAAACGCUCACUAUUUUGGAAGCUGUAGAUUCAUUAUUCAUAUUUUGUAUAAUUCUUAUAACUUUUCAAUAAACACUGCUUGUUUCAUGAAAAAAAAAACUGCCUGAUAUUUCUUUAAUUAUAUGAAAAAAAAAUGUGCUAAUGUUUGUACUUAGGGUUCCAGUUAUUUGAAUGAUGAUAUAUGUAUCACGAACACA